UUUUGUUUUAAUUUUGAAGGGAUACUUUCAUAGGUAUCCAAUUUGUUCCUAUGCCUAAUAAAAUUAUUUUGGCAGUCUUGUUUCUCUGCACCAUUAAAAUUGUAAACACAGCCGAAAUAAAUGUUGCUUCAGAAUGCGAAGAAGACAGCAAGCUCAAACUCAUUGCUUUUUCAAACCCAGACAAAGAACUAAUAUGUGUGGGAGCCAAUCUAACAACUACAUGGGUCUUAUCAUCGGAAAGAACAGAAGACCUGACUAAGAAGAACAUACAGUUCAUCUCGUCGAAAGGCAUAUUACAAAAAUGGACUCUAAACAAGUAUCCAUUUCUCAAAACCAUUGUGAUUUAUAAGAGUGAGAUCACAGAAUAUUCUUUAAAGGUACCUUUUGCUAGCCGUCUCCUUAUUAUUGAAACUAUUUUCCCAGUAUUAACAAAAACCACGUUAGACCAGAGUAGAUACAUUUAUGCAUUAGAUUUUCAUUCAAACCCAGAUCUAAAAUUCGAAUACGGUUGUUUUAGUUUUCUGAAUAUGUUGCAAAAUUUAACUAUUUACAAUCAGACUCUAAUUACUAUCAACUCCAAUACAUUUCAAGGACUAAUAGAUUUAAAAAUUUUAAAACUAAUCGCUAACAAACUAAAAAAUAUCGAUAAAGACACUUUUCAAAGUAUUCCAAAGUUGAAAGAACUAAUAUUGGAAAAUAAUCCUAUCGAACAUCUUAAAGCUAAUAUUUCAAGUUUGAUAUAUUUAGAAAAAUUGUCAUUGAUGAAUACUGGUUUGAAAAAAAUAAACUUGCCUUUAUUUUUUCCAAUGAAGAGAUUUAAAAUUUUGGGUUUAUCUAAUACAGUUUGGGGAAAUACUAAAAUUACGAAUUUAGCUAUAGCUUUUCCAAAUUUAAGAAUUUGUCUGGCUAACAGUAUUGAUAAAGAGACUGAUAUUUUGAAGGAAUUGUUUGAAGAAUUUGUAGAUGUUGAACUUCGUGUAAAGAAAAUUGUUAGACCUUUAGACAUUCAGAUUUCUAGUUAUAAAUACGAUAUAACAGGUGUAUAUUAAUUUUAUUUUCGAUAAUGUAUGUACAUAUUAAAUUUUUUCAGUUAAAGAACUAUUGGAGUCUGCUACUAUUUUUUUAAGUCAUAAAUAUUUUGUUAUAUGUAGUAAUAUUUUUGUAAUCGCAGCAAGUGUCAAAAUAAUCUACUUUACAUAACCAGUGUGCUUAAUGUUGAACAUUAUGAAGCUAGUUGCGAAAAAUUCGGUUGCGAAACGAAAAGAAAUAAAAAUAAACCUUUUUUGUUUUUAAAAUCAAUAUAUUGGUAUAAGAUUGUGUAUGUUGUUUAUUUUUUUAAAUUGGUUAAUUAAUUAAUUUUGAUUUAUGAAUCUUUAUACAUAACCCAUAUCAUUGAUUCAUUAUCGCGAAAAACAGAAAUUUUAAGAGUUGUUGAUAUAAAAAAAAUAUUUAAUUUUGUUUGUAAUUAUGAUUAUGCCCAGCGCCAAUGUGUACGGACCAUUUUAAAAAAAAUUGUA